CUGGCGGGAGGCAUGGGUGAGCCGGCUGGGGGAUUUGUGACUUCCACGCCGUGGUUUCCCACCCCGGAGAUGACCCCUACGUUGAGACCUCGAAAUGACACAGCCGCGCUGACGGGCAAUUGUGUGUUCUGGGCCAUGAAGUCGCCGCCGCCGCCUUCGUCGUCGCCUUCGGCUGCCGGCUCAGCUUCCAAGGCGCAGCCCUCCUCGGAGGCCCGUCUUCUCCCAGAGGCGCCGCCACCCUUCGAUACCCAGCUUCUUGCCGGGGCACAGCCCCCCUUUGACGCUAAGUCCCCCUUGGACACUCAGCCUCAACUCGGUGGCCAUCCUCCCUGGAAUUUCCAGGCUUCGACCUCAUGGUACUGGGGACGCUCUCCUGGUGUUUUCCCGCAGCAUCCGAAGUCGCACAAUUCUCGGGUUAAACACUCUAAUUUUCAAAAAAAUUAUGAAGCACAGUCAACUGACUACAACUUCCCAGCAAAUAGAAAACAGAAAAAAAAGAGAAGGAAGGAACCAGUUUUUCACCAUUUUUGUGAUACCUGUGAUCGUGGUUUUAAAAAUCAAGAAAAGUAUGAUCAACACAUGUCUGAACACACAAAAUGCCCUGAAGCUGAUUGCUCUUUUAGUGCACAUGAGAAGAUUGUCCAGUUUCAUUGGAAAAAUAUGCAUGCUCCUGGAAUGAAGAAGAUCAAGUUAGACACUCCUGAGGAGAUUGCAAGGUGGAGGGAAGAAAGAAGAAAAAACUACCCAACUCUGGCCAAUAUUGAAAGGAAGAAAAAAUUAAAGCUGGAAAAGGAAAAGAGAGGAGCAGUGUUGACCACAACCCAGUAUGGCAAGAUGAAGGGGAUGUCCAGGCAUUCACAGAUGACAAAGAUCAGAAGCCCCAGCAAACAUCAGAAAUGGAAAAAUCACCAGGCUGGGCAGAGAGCAGCCAAUAGAUCGGGUGAUCUUGGCAGUGAUUUAAAACCCUUAGAUCCACCUGAAGCGAACUCAGACCCUCUGGGUGUUUUGGUCAAUACUGACUCUGAGUCUGACAAAGAGGAGAAACCCCAAAGUACUGUCAUACCCAAGGAGGUGACGCCAGCCCUGUGCUCUCUUAUGAGCAGCUAUGGCAACCUGUCCGGGUCCGAGAGUGAGCCAGAAGAAGUUCCUAUCAAGACUGAAGCGGAUGUUCUGGUGGAGAACCAGACUCUUCAUAGCAGUGCUCCUCAGAGUCCAGAGCAAGAGGUCCCACAGGCCAGGACUGUUAAGAACGUCUCAGGAACAAAGAAGGAGAGCCCAAAGAAAAGUUUUAAAAAGACAAAUGCUAAGAGGAAAAGAAAUUGUCCCAACUAUAAAACGUUAUUCGAACCGAGGACACAUCACCCAUACCUCCUGGAAAUGCUUUUAGCUCCGGACAUCCGACAUGAAAGAAAUGUGAUUUUGCAGUGUGUUCGGUACAUCAUCAAAAAAGACUUCUUUGGACUUAAUACUAAUUCUGUGAAAACUAAGGAUGCAUUGGUGCCUGAUGUUUCAGCACAUGAAACUGAAGCAGUGUAAUAUAGUAAUGUCUUCAAGUUGGCGGAGGAAAAGCUUUAAAAAAAAAAUAAUGGAUUAGGAAUUAAAUAGUAAACCUCAGAAGAUAUGAUGUUGAAUUUUAAAGUCUGUCCUAUGCAAAUAAAUAUGACUAGUUUUUAAGAAUAUGUUAUCUGGAUCAUAGGAUAUUUGCUGGCAGAAUUUUUUUAUUUGUAUUUAUUUAUUUGUACUGCUGUUAUCUGGAAAGUAUGCUUUGGUGCCGUAUGGAAAAUUCUAGUUUAAUGACUAUGGGGCUGGAGAGAAUAUAGCAGGUAAGGAACUUGCCUUGAACUUGGCUGACUUGGUUUAGUCCCGGAGCACAGAACCAGGAGUAAGCUCUCAAGCACUGCCAAGAGUGGCCCAAAAGCAAAAAAAAAAAAAAAAAAAAAUUCAUCUGAGGACGCUGUGUAUUGGGGAGAGAAAUGUAAUCAUUUUGUUUUAAUGAAGAGAGCCAUUCUAAAUAGCACAGACCCCUACCUGGCAAGAGGAUACAGUGUUUUAAAAAAUGAUCUAGAUCAUAUAUGAUCAAGAGGUCUUAAAAUUUUCUACAUUUAUUCCAAAGCAUGUAUUGAAAUUCACCUUUUGGCAUUAUGAUACUUAAAUACUGGACGUAGAAAUAUUAAUACAAUAGGGUCAGGGAUGUGAUUUAGUGGUAGAUCACAUACCUUGAAUGUCUGAGGCCCUGGGUUCAAUUCCUGACAUGGCAAAUAAAAAUAAUGAUAAUAUUUCACUUCUUGAAGUAUUAAUGUAGGUGUGGCCUCUGUACAUGCCACACCUACAUUAAUUUAGUUGAAUUGCUUCUCGGGGCAUGGCUUAAAAAUGAACUUUUUUAUUUUCCUGUGAAAAGUUAUGUAUAAUACUUGAUAAAGUUCAAGUACUGAUUUUUUUUUUUUAAUUGAAUCACUGUGAGAUGCACAUCUACAAAGUUGUUCAUGAUUGGAUUUCAGUCAUACAAUGUUCCAAUACCUGUCCUUCACCAGUGCACAUUUCCCACUACCAGUGUCCCCAGUUUCCCUCCCACCACCACCUCCCACACCUACCUCUGGCACAUUCUCUCUCUCUCUCUCUGGCACAUUCUCUCUCUCUCUCUCCCUCUCUCUCUCUCUCUCUCUCUCUCUCUCUCUCUCUCCUCCCUCCCUCUCCCUCUCCCCCUCUCUUACCCUCUUUCCUGUCUCUCUUCCCCGCCCCCCCACACUCUCUCUCCCUCUCUCCCUCACUUCCCAACAACCAUCCUUUGUGGUACAGAACCUGAGGUAAUCAUAUAUAUCUGUUUACCUCCUUCGAGUACUGAUUUUUAUAACAGGCAGUAGUAAAUUAGUGCUGAUUCUUUAUUUUUUACAAUUAAAUAAAAAAUUCCUCCUUUAAAGAGCAUAAUGGAGCCCUUUAUAGAUAAAUAAAAGCUACUGAAAUUGUUUCGCUUUCCUGUUAACACCUGAGAUUUUAAUUUUAUGCUCUUGUCACUUAUGCUUAUGCUAAGAACUCGAGCUUUUAUCGCUGUGGUAUAGAGCUAAAAGGGAGCUAUGUUUUUAAGAAGUUUGUUGUACUCGAAACAUUAAUUUUCGCUGACACUGUGAUUGUUGAAGUCUGUGACUUGCCUGUAAGAAGGAUGGGCGUGGCUCUCAGGGCGGACUCUGUUCCUAUGGGGAAGAUCCUUUCUAGAAGGCUGGAACUCCUGACCAGCACCACUGUUCUAUCACAGACCUGGGAGGUGAGUGUUGCCCAGUCUUGUAGUCAUUUAAAACACUUUCAAUUAUGAUUUUCUGUGUUCCACCGAUGAGGCCUGUAUUGGAAAACUACCUGUCCAGUACGUUAAUUUGGUUCCUGAAAUACUGCCGUGUGCCCACAUGGCACUGUUGUGUAGGAAUUAAAGAUAUAAGAGUGAAUCAUGUCUUGCCUGAUGUCAAGAACUCAGAUUAUUUCUUAUACUUUUCAAAGAGGUAACUCUAAGUUCAAUUCAUUUCAUCAGGUUGAUGUAACCAAUCUUAGACUCUGAGUUGGUUUUCUAAAACGGUUUAGUUUGCAGUUUUAUUCCAUAGACUUAUACACAUGUAAAUCGAAGAUUCUUACUGUUUUCACUAUUGGACUAUUUGAUCUCCAGAGAUGGUAAUAAGCACCACUAUGUAAGGUGUAUUGUACAGUUUUAUUUUUAAUAUUUCUUGUUUUUUAAUAAAUGCAUUAGUAAAAAUGUU